AUGGAGCCAAUUGCGAUUUGCGGCAUGGCCUUGAGACUACCCGGUGGCAUCGCAACUUCUGAGGAAUUUUGGCAAUUCCUGGUGGACAAAAGAGACGCCCGUUGCCAAAUUCCCGCAUCCAGAUUCAAUGCGUCUAGCUACUACUCUGAGACCGGAAAACCUGGCCACAUCAAGACCCAGCACGGAUACUUCCUAGACGACUCCGUCGAUCUUGGAGCGCUCGAUACCACAUUUUUUCGAAUGCCCAAGAAUGAGGUUGAGCGGGCUGAUCCUCAGCAAAGACUGCUCCUCGAGCUGACCAAAGAAUGCCUGGAGAGUGCAGGCGAAGUUGACUAUCGCGGCAAGACGAUUGGAACUUUCGUCGGGUGCUUCGGUGAAGACUGGCUCGAGACGUUGACCAAGGACAGCGAAGUCGUUGGCCAGUACAAGAUUACCGGCUACGGAGACUUCAUGCUCUCUAAUCGACUGUCUUACGAAUACGACCUCAAAGGACCGAGUAUGACCAUCAGGACUGGCUGCUCCUCCGCCCUGAUUGGGCUCCAUGAAGCAUGCAUGUCUAUCCAGCACGGCCAGUGCAAUGCCGCUAUUGUUGCUGGGUCCAACCUCAUCUUGGCACCUGGACUGUACGUCAGCAUGUCUGAACAGGGAGUUCUGUCGCCGAAUGGCUCAUGCCGAACUUUUGACGCGGCCGCCGACGGCUAUGCCCGCGGAGAAGCCGUCAACGUCGUCUACAUUAAACGCUUGAGCGAUGCUAUUCGGGAUGGUAACCCAAUUCGUGCCGUCAUCAGGGGGACGUCAUCCAACGCUGAUGGCAAAACACCCAGCUUGACGAUUCCAAGUUUCGAGAGUCACGAAGCCAUGAUCCGUCGUGCCUACAGCAUGGCAGCGAUUGAUGCAUCAGACAUUCCCCAGACCGGCUUCGUGGAGUGUCAUGGCACGGGGACUCCUGCAGGCGAUCCCAUCGAAACGACAGCCAUUGCAAAGGUGUUUGGUGAUUCCGGAGUUCACAUUGGUUCUUGUAAGCCAAACAUUGGCCAUUCGGAGGGUGCCUCCGGCAUCACAUCCCUCAUCAAAUCCAUCAUGGCCUUGGAGCACCGGACGAUCCCCCCGAACAUCAAGUUUGACAGUCCUAAUCCGAAGAUUCCGUUUGCGGAGAAGAACCUCAGAGUCCCCCUUGAACCAACACCCUGGCCAGAGGAUCGGGUUGAGCGGGUGUCUGUCAACUCUUUUGGAAUUGGAGGUGCCAAUGCACACGUCGUAAUUGAGUCCGCGGCGACCUUCCUUGGUCGCCUUGGACGCCCGUCUGUCCCGGAUCCAAUGUCAAGCAUCUGGAACCAGGCACAACUCAUGACAUAUUCCGCCAACACAGCCGAUUCUCUGCGAAGACAGGUCGUCAACAACCAAAGAUACAUCGCCAAACACCCUGAAAUCCUCAAUGACAUUGCGUACACUCUCACUGCUCGCCGUGCCCACCUACCGCAGCGAGUCUUUUCGGUUAUGGAAAACGGAAUCGAGCUGAACACAUCGACACUUGUCAAAGCACCCAGCACCCCCACGGACCUCGCUCUCGUAUUCACGGGUCAAGGAGCUCAGUGGCCAGGGAUGGCGGUAGCGUUGAUGUUGAGUAACCGCGUAUUCGCGCAAUCCAUCCGACACAUGGAUAAAGUCUUGAGGUUGCUACCGGAUGGGCCAUCCUGGACCUUAAUCGACGAGCUUAACAAGCCGAAAGAGUCGAGUCGACUGCAAGAAGCCUGUAUCUCUCAGCCGCUUUGUACAGCCGUGCAGAUUGCCUUAGUAGAUGUCCUCCGAGCCACAGCGGGCAUCGAACCGUUUGCUGUGGUUGGCCACUCUUCUGGAGAGAUGGCUGCCGCUUAUGCUUGCGGAAAGCUCACAUCGAAUGAGGCGAUUGUUGCGGCAUACUAUCGCGGAGUUGUCUCAUCAGAAGUCACCAAGUCCGGUGCAAUGGCCGCAGUAGGUAUGGGUCGAGCUGAAGUUUUUCCGUUCCUGAGACCAGGCGUUGGAAUCGCUUGCGAAAACUCUCCUUCAAGUGUCACCAUCUCUGGCGAUACCCAGAUCGUUGAGACAGUUCUCAACCAGAUUCGUAAGGCAAAGCCCGAUGCCCUCGCUCGCCUGCUCAAGGUCGACACUGCGUAUCAUUCUCACCACAUGCAGGAAGUGGGAGAUCGAUAUCUCACUUUGACGUCUCCUUAUAUCGAUGCCUCGAAGUCUACGGUCACGUCUUCUACUUCAAUGUUCUCUUCAGUGACGGGUAGCCUACUGCCGCCAAAUUGGAUAGCUGAUGCGCAAUACUGGAGGUUAAAUCUUGAGUCUCCGGUGUUGUUCAACGCAGCUGUGACUAAGUUGGUUGAAACCCACAAGAGUCAAAUCAGCAAUCACUUGGUGUUUCUCGAAGUUGGUCCGCACUCUGCUUUGGCCGGACCUUUGCGGCAGAUCCUUGCGCAGAACUCAUUGAACCUGUCCUACGCUUCCUGUCUUGUCAGGGCAAAGAACGCGACAGAGUCUUUCUUGACAGCUCUUGGACAACUCUGGCAACUCGGCCUUGAGAUUGACUUUAACCUUCUCACCAAUCCCGAACGAACCGCCAACGUGGUUGCAGACUUGCCCGCAUACCCAUGGCAUCAUGAUCAUUCAUUGCUCUUUUCAAGUCGCAUUUCCGAUGAGUGGCGGCACCGAAGGUUCCCAAAACAUGAGAUCCUCGGCGUGAGGGUCUCAGAAAGCUGUCCCAACGAGCCGGUGUUUCGCAACAUGCUGUCCUUGGAUCAUGUACCAUGGAUUUCUGACCACAAUAUCAAGGGCGACGUCAUCUUUCCCUGUGCAGGCUACAUUGGUAUGGCUGGGGAAGCUGCAAGGCAACUCAGCACGGGAAGCUUCACUGGAUACUCAAUGCGCAACAUUGUCAUUGAUAUGGCAAUGGUCUUGAGUGCGAACAAGGCCACAGAAGUCAUUACGAGCCUUAGAAAGGAGAGGCUUACGGACACCCUCGAUAGCCCUUGGUGGGAUUUCACGAUUACCUCUUUCAAUGGUUCCACCUGGAUGAAGCACUGCAGCGGGCAAGUCAAAUCCCUUGAGGAUAAGGCUCGAGUCUCAAAUCAUUAUCGUCAAGAUCUUCUCCGCGAUGUCAGCUCCGACAAAUGGUACCAAGCUCUCCGCAAUGUCGGCGCCAAUUACGGUCCGUACUUCCAAGGCUUGUCGGAUGUCACUUGCUCUCCGACAGAGAAUAUCUCUGCUGGUACAGCAACACAUACUAUCCGAGACGAUUCUUACUAUGCAAUUCACCCAACGAAAGUCGACUUCUUUCUCCAACUAUUCAGCGUUGCUGCAAUGAAGGGCAUCGGACACAAACUCGACAUCAUGAACGUUCCGACUUUCAUCGAGGCUCUUGAGCUGUUUGAUUGUGACUCAGAGGUGCGAAUGGAGGUUGAGGCAACUCAGACUCCCCGCGGCCUGCUCUUAGGAAGGGGAUUGGGCCUUAGCUCUGAAGAAGAGCUUGUCAUCUCACUUAAGGGAGUAAAGUUGAGUCCACUCGAAAACGAUUUGUCAGGUGAAGAUCUUGAUCCUCAUGCUGGAGCAAGGAUUUUCUGGCAGGCGGACAUUGAUUUCUUCAAGAUCUCGGAUCUGAUCGAACCUCACCCUGAACAGAAAUGUCUCAGUCUUACCCGAGAUCUCACGCUGUCUUACAUCAAGGAAGCCCUGAGACGUCUGGAAGGCGUGGCGAGUUUGCAGCCACACCUAUCACGGUUCCUCGCCUGGAUGCAACAGCAACCAGUGCUGCCCGGCGCCAAAAGUAUUAGCAGUGAUGAUAUUGAGUUGGGGCCGUUCGGUCCUCUCGAUGUUGCGAUGCGUGUAGUCUUGGACAAUAUUGGUCCUAUUUUCAGAGGUCAAACCGAGCCUCUUGAGGUUCUGUUGCCAAACAACAUCUUGACUUCUAUCUACGACUCUUUGAACAUCACCAACAGGGAACCACUUUUCCGUGCACUUGGCCACUCAAAACCCAACCUCAGAAUCUUGGAGAUUGGCGCUGGAACAGGAGGGACUACAAGCAAAGUUAUUCACUGGUUGAGAGGACCGACCGGCGCAUCGCUGUAUUCCGAAUACACAUACACCGAUGUAUCUGCCGGGUUCUUUUCUGCCGCAAAGGACAGGUUCAGCUCCCACUCCAACAUGUCCUUCAAGGUGCUCGACAUAUCCAAGGACCCGACCAGUCAGGGGUUUGAGCCAGGAACUUACGAUUUGGUGAUUGCGGCCAACGUUCUUCAUGCCACUCCAAGUUUGAAGGAGACUUUGGCCAACGUCCACAAACUCUUACACCCCGAAGGGAGGCUGUACAUAGAAGAGCUGUCAUACGAUGCCUUACCGCUCAAUUUCAUCAUGGGUGUCCUUCCAGGCUGGUGGCUUGGAGCUGAGGACCAGAGACCAGACCAACCACACGUUACGCCCGAGCGCUGGGAUGUGGAACUCAGAAACGCUGGCUUCAACGGCCUCGAGGGUGUCGCCUAUGAUUCCGACCGUCCGAACAAUCUGCUUGCUUUCAUGACAGCCAGGCCUGUCCCAGCCUCCACUACUCCCAGAAGUGUCACGAUAUUGCAUGACUUGAACUAUUUUGGCCUCGGAAACAACCUUCGAGACGUUCUGGUGCAAGGACCUUUGCAGAGUGUGGACCUGCACGAAAUUUCAAAGGGACUUCCAUCCGAAUCAAGCGACUUCAUCUCGCUCCUUGAUCUCGAGACGCCAUUCUUCGACGAUAUCAGCCCGGAGGCAUUCGACAAGUUCCGUGGCCUGGUCACAGAGGCUUCAAACCGACAGGCUAGAAUCCUUUGGCUCACUCGCUCUUCUCAACUCAAAUGCUCUGACCCACGAUGGGGUCAAACUAUCGGUGCGGCACGGUCUAUACGAAAUGAGCUUAGCUUAGACUUCGCAACUUGCGAAGUCGAUCAGAUCACUUCGACUUCACUCCGGGCCAUUUCACGGGUCUUUGAUAAGUUUCAAAGGAGUGGCAAUAAUGCCCGAAGUUCGUUGGAGUACGAGUACAGCAUCGUGGAUGGUGCGAUACAAACUUCCAGGUUGUAUCCCAUCAAUGUCAAUGAUGAACUGGGAACUUGUGGUUCGGAUCCUGUCGACUUGGUCUACGAUCUACGCAUCGGUAGAUACGGCCGCUUGAACACGCUUGACUGGUAUCCAAAGGCAAGGCAGCCAUUAAGAAGUGACGAGGUGCUUGUAGAAGCCAGGGCUGUCGGCAUGAACUUCAAGGACGUCCUCAUUGCCAUGGGUAUCGUUGACUCGAACAUCAGUAAUCUCGGUCUGGAAGCCGCUGGAAUCGUCCGCGAAACUGGACCCGAUGUCACAACCCUUGUCUCAGGCGAUAGAGUCUUUGUCUUCGGCGGCGGCUGUUUCUCCACCGGCAUCACAAUUUCGGAGAAGUUGUGCGUCAAGAUUCCAGACUCGUUGGCAUUCCGAGAUGCUGCUACCAUGCCAUGCGUAUUUUCGACUGUGAUCCACGGCCUGCUUGACAUUGGCCGUCUCACUGAGGGAGACUCUGUCUUGAUUCACUCUGCUUGCGGAGGCGUCGGCCUCGCGGCAAUCCAAAUCUGCAAGAUGGUGGGUGCGGAGAUCUACUGUACUGUUGGCACUGACGGAAAGGUGCAAUACCUUGAGUCAAUGUAUGGAAUACCGAGAGAACGAAUCCUCAAUUCCCGCAACGAUUCUUUCCUUGGAGAUAUCCAGGAGUUGACUGGCGGUCGGGGUGUAGACGUCGUCCUCAACUCACUAAGUGGAGAGCUGCUGCACGCUUCCUGGAAUUGCGUGGCGGAAUUUGGUAAGAUGAUUGAGAUUGGGAAGCGUGACCUUAUCGGUAACGGCAAGCUCGCACUGAAUGUCUUCGAGCUUAAUCGGAGUUAUCACGGCGUGGAUCUUGGACAUCUGAUCGAACUCAAGCCGAAAGAAGGAAACAGAUUGUUGAGACGAAUUGUCGAGUACUACGAACAAGGUCACAUCGGCCCGAUCGCUCCAACAAAGGUUUUCCGCGCGGGAAUGGUCGAAGAGUGCUUUAGGUACAUGCAAAAAGGCCAGCAUAUCGGCAAAAUCGUGGUGGCGAUGGAUCCCACAAGGGAGAAUCUAUCCAUCGGGUCUGCUUCCAACGGCAAGCCUUCGUUCAACGGCGACUCCAGCUACCUUCUUGUUGGCGGCUUGGGUGGUCUUGGACGUUCAGUCUCUAAUUGGAUGGUCGAGCAUGGUGCAAAGCAUCUGAUCUUCUUGUCCCGACAGGGUGGGGAGACGACCGAGAAUCAAAGGUUUGUAGCAGAGCUUGAAGCCCAAGGAUGCUCAGCUAUCACCGUUCGAGGGGAUAUCAGCUCGCUAUCAGACGUCGAUCGUGCCAUCAAAGCUGGAGUUCAGCCAGUCCGCGGCGUCAUCAACAUGUCGAUGGUUCUACGGGACCAAAGCUUUGCCAAUAUGAGCCAUGACGAGUGGACGGCAGCGGCAGAUCCAAAGGUCAAGGGAACGUGGAACCUUCACCACGCCUGUGUUAACGCAGAGCUGGACUUGGAUUUCUUUUUACUCUUCAGCUCCAUUUCAGGCAUCUAUGGACAAAGAGGACAGGCCAACUAUGCCGGAGCAAACACAUUUCUCGACGCGUUCGUCCAGUACCGCCAAGGUCUGGGUUUGAGGGCCGGUGUCGUUGACGUUGGCGCCAUGUUGGACUCGGGCUAUCUGGCCGACAACCCGGCGUUGAUGGAGAGACUGAUGGGUCAAGGUAUCUACGGCAUCAAGAUCCCUCAACUUCUGGAUGCCCUUGCAUUGGUUCUCAGUGCACCCGAACCCAGUGCCGAAUGCGCAGCAGCGUCUACAUUCGUCAACAAUGCUCAGCUUGUGCUUGGCCAUCGCAGUCUCACGUCUUUGAGUGACCCGGCGAAUAGAGUUCCAUGGAAAGAAGAUCGACGAAUGGGAUACUACUUUAACUUGGAACACGACCAAAACGCUGUCUCGAGAAGCACCUCUUCGGAUCACGGUGCCCUGGCUGCAUUCCUGAAAUCGGCGGCUGCAGAUCCGAACGUCUUGACUUCGACGGAGACCUCAAAGUUCAUCGCAAGGCAGAUUGCUGUGCAAUUGUUCCAAUUGCUGUUGAAGCCUAUCGAGGACGAAGAAGAGAUUGACGUGAACAUGUCGCUUCAAGAUGCUGGUCUCGAUAGUUUGGUGGCGGUAGAGAUGCGCGAAUGGUGGAAAGGAGUAUUCGGAUUCGAAGUCAGUGUUUUGGAGAUGCUCGGCAUAGGCAGCUUAUUAGCUCUCGGGAAAAGAGCAGUAAAAGGGUUGGAAGAGCUUCUGGGGGGAGUUGGGGAUGAGAAACAGGAGCCCGGCGAGAAACAUGAUACUGAGAGAUACUUGAGGCUGAAGAUGCCUUGA